CCCAGCACAGCACAGAAUAUAUAUAUUUUAGCGUCAAAGAAGUUGUCAAAAGGCAAACACAAAAAUGUCUGCUGUCAAUCGUCGUCUGGGCAUCUUUACUAAAUCAUUCUCUGCAAUAGCAAGCACCACCAAAAACGAUGUCACUGUCAAAUCCUUGGCGACAAAAGCUUCCUCCCAUGAAACCCAGCUCCAGAACCUGGUCGACAAGUUCAAGACAUCCUGCGAGUCUCAACGCUUCCGACACAACCAAAGCAUCUACAGGCGCAAAGUUCGCCGUCUCGCCGCCGCCAAUAAGUUUUCUAUGAUCGAAGACAUCCUAGAACACCAAAAGAAGUACGAUGACAUACGCCGCGAGGGCUUCUCAAUCCGCCUCAUUGGCCUGUAUGGUGAAGCGGGCAUGUUUGACCAUGCACACAAGGUGUUCGACGAAUUGCCUGAGCUGAACUGCGACCGCACCGUUAAGUCGCUCAAUGCGCUCUUAAAGGCUGCACUUGACGCCAAGAAGUUUGACAAAGUUAUUGAGAUUUUCAAUGAGCUGCCUUCUAGAGUUUCUAUAGAACCCGACAUGAUCUCGUAUAACAUUGUUAUUCACGCGUUUUGCGAGAUGGGUUCUUUGGAUGAGGCGCUCUCGUUGUUUCGGAAAUUGGAGGACAAUGGGCAGGAGCCUGAUCUUGUUACUUUCAAUACGCUUCUCAAUGCACUUUAUAUGAAUAAUCGGUUUUCGGAGGGAGAGAGGAUAUGGGCUACGAUGGAGAGCAAAAAUGUUGUUCCUGAUGUUAGGAGUUACAAUUCAAGGCUGCGAGGAAUGUUCCGUGAUAAUAGAAUAUCAGAAGCAGAGAAGUUAGUUGGCGAAAUGGAAAGUAAUGGAAUCAGAAGUGAUGUGUUUAGUUACAAUGCUCUAAUCAAAGGAUUCUGUGAUAGCGGAAAUUUAGAGGAGGCGAAGAAAUGGUAUGGUGAAAUUGAGAAAAAUAAAUGUACUCCAAACUUGGCGACGUACAUCAUCCUUAUUCCAGCUUUCCGCAAGGCGGGUGAUCUCGACAAGGCUUUUGAGCUUUGCUUGGACGCUAACAAUCAUGGAUUUUUUCUGAAAAGGACUGUGUUUAAGCAAGUGGCUGAAGCACUGGUAGAGAAGGGAAGGACUGAAGAAGCGUCUGAACUUGAGAAUUUGGUAAGGGCUUAAAGUAUGAACUGUGAUUGCCCAUUGGUGAAAUAGGAUUGUCUUGGUCUCUUUAUGAUAUUCUUUCUUGUUCUUGGAAUCUUGUUAGCUAGAAUGUUGAACUAGCAGACAUUUAUUUGAGUCCACAUCCAAGCAUUUCUCUAAAAUUAUUGAUUUUUGUUC